AUGCCGACAAUGCCUACGCUUUAUUUCCGCGAUGGCAUCUUGUCCGUACCCGGGUACGCAUUCGAGAAGGCUGUACCGUGGGAGGAUACCGGCAGCUUCACCCAACUUGCGGAGGGCAGCAGUCUCAAGGAUGGCUCACCCGUACUGGCCAAGAUCGUACCUGCACACACGAACGCCUCAGUCAUGCUCGAGAGAGAAGCGCAUAUUUUGAAUCUGUUGCAGGUCUCGCGCGAAGGCCUCGGCGCAGCUAUUCGCCCAAUAGACAUGUUCAAGCUUCCGCGGGGCAGUGGCGAUUGUACAGUCUUGCUACUAGUACAUCCAGGACCUAAUCAGCUCGGCCAUUACUUCCCUCGCUCGAUCAACCCUCUGCUCCUUUCGGAGACUACACCGGCUGCGCGUCCAGUAUCUCGGGGCGGUCUGCAAACCGAUAUCUUUCUUUCGGACGAGGAUAUGGAAACCUUUUUCGAGGACUCGGAGAGUACGCCAGAUACCAUGGAUCUCGCCACAUUUCUGGAGUUCGCGAUCCAGGCCACGCACUGCCUGGAUGUUUUACACGGGUGUGGCGUCGUUCAUCGAGAGAUUCGCGCUAACGCGUUUCAUGUGAACUCUCACUCUGGAGUCGUCCGACUCGUCCACAUGGGGAACCGUCAUGCUUCUCUGGAGACGUUUGGGGCACCUUCGUCAUUGGUCUGCCGAUCAGACAACUUCGAGGAGGUUGAGAGGCAGCGCAUGAAGGAGGCUCUAUGUUACCUUCCUCCCGAACAGACAGGUAGCAUUGAGACCACACUCGAGGACGCGCGCACCGAUUUAUACGCCCUCGGUAUCCUGUUCUGGAGUCUCAUCGUUGGUCGCGGGACGUUACCCUUCGAGGGAGGACCACUGGAAAUGCUGCACGCAUGUGUUCAUCACAAACCCGUGCCAGUGCACGAAGUCCGCCGAGAUAGUGUACCCCUCGUGCUGUCCCAGAUCGUGGAGAAACUUUUGGCGAAGAGUGCGGACCAUAGAUAUCAGAGUGCUUAUGGCUUGAAAGUCGACCUCCUCGAAUGUCAACGCCGCCUACUUGCCGCAGUGAGCUCGGCUUCUGAGCAAAGCAUGGAUCUCAUCCCUCAAUUUGAAAUUGGACGUCACGAUCGUUACUCUAACUUCACGAUGCCAAGUUUGUUGGUGGGCCGAGAGAAGGAGCUGGAUACCCUUCGUGCCAUUAUUCGCAAUACUACCGCGGAGUAUUCGCAUUAUACGGCUUCAGCGACCGGUGCCAUCAGCUUGACACCAACCGGUAGUCAGGCGUCGUCCAAGGAGAGCACCCCGGAUGCACUGGAUGAUGAGGAUGAUUCGAAGUCGUCGCGUAGUGACAAUGCGAUGUUUGUAGAUGCCUCGGAGGAUCUGCAUACGACGCACUCCUUCAGAUCAGGCUCUCUGAGGUCCAGCAGCCCUCCGCCGUCUGGAUCGCCUCUUACCGUUGCCAGUGACGGCAUACGCCGGAUGGCCCUACACACUCGAAGACGCGGUCCUCGCACUCAUGGUGUUCUCAUUGUCGGACCACCCGGAGCUGGCAAGAGUUCGCUGGUGCUGGCUAUGCAGCCUGUCUGGCGUGCGCAGGGUCUAUGGGGACAUGCGAAGUUCCAGGAGAAGUCUGUCGCUCCGUUUGAGGCUCUCAUGACAUGUCUGUCUUCGGCCCUUCGCCAAUUGAUGGCCUUCAGCAAUGAUCUACAUCGGUUCAUCACGUCUCUCAAGACCAAAUUAGGCCCUCAUGCGCGCAAUAUACCGCUCCUAUACACCAGUGCUCCCGAACUUCGAGAUAUCCUGGAGCUGUUCGAUAUUGGGACGCAUCAGCAGCAAGAGUCUUUGCCCAUAGAGGAGCUUCGCGUCCGAUUCCAAUCGCUCGUAGAGAUUGUCUUUUCUGUCCUGGCGGAAACUCGACCUUUGGCUCUCUUCCUCGACGAUGUACAGGAGGCAGACCCCAGCAGCAUCGAUCUCAUUACCACUCUUACAAAUCUGAAGACCCCCCUUCUGAUUUUCAUAACCGUACGUGACGAUAAACCUGACGUCAUUGAUCGAGUCCACUCGAUGUUCUCUCUUCUGCGCACGAGUCGCCUACGUCUGGAUCCGCUUCCCUUCCAAGCAGUCUCAACGUUGUGCGCUCGGGUCCUUCGUCAGUCAAAGGAAAGCGUAGCCCCUCUCGCUCGAUUGAUUCAUGCUGCUGGAGGCGGAAAUGCGUUCGCGAUGAGGAGCGUGAUCGUCUCGCUGCAUCGGCAAAAGCUCUUCGUUUACGACGGUGACAAAAACGCAUGGCGCUACGACCUCGCAGCAGUCGAAUCUGCGUUGACAUCCCAGCAAGUACCAGGCGAUCCCUCCGACAUCACCUAUCUCAGGUCUCAUCUCCGUGAAUUGCCGGACGAUGCGCGCACCUACAUCAUCUGGGCUAGCUUCUUUGGAUCCGCAUUCAAGGCGACGGACGUCAGCUUGGUCAUGGAUAAGGACGACAGCUCCGGUAGUCAAAGCGAAGAAGACGAAACGGACUGGGACCCGCGGCGCACGAGCAAGAGUGACGGAAUGAGUCGGGCCUCCGUGAACGGUCUGCAAACUGCCAUUGCAGAGGGAUGGGUCAUCCAGCGUGGGCGUGAGAUGUGCAGCUUCACCCAUGACGCGUACCGUCAAGCUGCCGAGAGGGAGGCCGACGAGUUGCCAGAUGGGUUUGUUGCAAGGAUGUCCUUCCGUAUACUCAUGAUCAUGCUCGCCGAGCCCGUCCCGGACAUCUUCCAGAUAGCGAAGCACACUCAGAAGUGCUUGCCAUUACUGCGUCGACACCAGAAACGCAGCGAGCUCUUGAACCUUCUCAUCGCGGCGGGAGAAGCGGCUCAAGAGCGCGGCGCGCACGAACAAGCUUACCAGUCAUAUCUGACUGCGCAAAUGCUUCUCGACUCGGAUAUGUGGACCAGCAAUAUCAAACGCACGCUGUCAUUGUACCUACGGCUAGCAGAGCUCGCAUUGUGGCGCGGGGACCUACAGGACGCACAAGAGUACAUCUCGGAUUGCCUUCCUCGAGCCGAAGAACCGAUCGACAAGGCGACAGUACUGAAGCUACGAUCACAAUGUCACUGGCAGAACGACCGAGCGGAUGCGUCGAUGAAGGACGUUGUACUAGCGCUGGAGGCCCUUGGCAUUGAUCUAGACUUCUCGCAAGACCCAGACGAAGUCAAUACGAUGUUUGAGCAAGUCAAGAACGAGGUUCUUGCUGCGGGUUUCGACGCCAUCUUGUCUAUGCCUCGAUGUCAAGAUGAGAAGAUCGACUUGGCUGUCAAUCUGCUUGGUGAUGCUGGGAUCGGGUCGUACUGGCAAAGCCGAGCGGUCAUGACUGAUGUUGCUGGACUCAUGAUCAUCAGGCUUGCUCUCCGGCAUGGAAUGUCACCCGGCACGGGCUUAGGCUUCCUCUUUGUUCUUCAGGCUAGCGCGGAGACCCGUGAACUCUAUCGAUUCUCCAGCGACCUGGGGAAGAUGGCUCUGCGGAUAUCAGAUCGCUUCGGGUCCAACUCUGAGAAGUGCCGAAGCCUUGUGAUGUUCUCAGCCGUUGUGUCCGCGUAUGACAACGCGCACAUACGCGCCAAUAACCCCAGGCUCCAACUUGCCGCGGAUUACGCACUCUCAGCCGGAGACCGUGUCUAUGGUGCAUUGGCCAGCAUGUACGCCAUCCAGACACGGUUCUUCACUGCCGAGCAUCUUGACGAAUUGCUCGCCGCGGCCGAGGAGAGCUAUGCGAAGAUCAAUGUCUGGGCAGCGAAAGGCCACGUCGCCGUGUUUUCGAUGAGUCUUCUAUGCUGCGUUCGCGCGUUUGCCGGAGCUACUAUCAAUACAUCGGCGGCUACUAUCUUCGACACGACACUGUUCAGUGAAUCCGAGUUCAUCGUCGAGCUGCAAACGAGCGACUUCUCCGCAAUGGCCCUUGCAUGGCAUUACAGCUAUAAGGUAGCUGCCCUGUACUGUCUCGGCUACAUCUCAGAGGCGGUGGAACUCGGCUUCACUGUAUACGAGAUGAGGAAGGCGCUACCCAAUCAUCGCAGCUCACGAUUCGCUCUUUUCUUUCACUGUCUUGCUCUGGUUGAGUGUAUACGAGAAGGAGCCAUGUCAGAAGGCGUCAAGAAGAGAUAUCUGGAUCAGGCGCAUAAGAACAUGUCGUACCUACGGAAGUGGCUGAGCCCAAGUCCGGUCAACAACAGCACUUGGAUUGCGCUGAUUGAUGCUGAACUCUCGUCUCUCGAUGGCACUCCAGAAACCUACAAGCUCUUCGAUACGGCCGUGAAACUCGCCGUCAACAACGAUUUCUUGCUGGAGGAGGGUCUGGCUCUGUUCUUACAAGGGUCAUACUUCGUGAGAAAUGGCGUAGAUGGCCUAGGCACAGAACUACAACGUCGUGGACUGGCCCGACAAUCUCAGUGGGGUGCGCUCGGUCUCGUUGCUCGCUUCUCGUCAAUCAUCUGUGCAAAACCUCAAGAGCUGCUUAAGAGGCAUAUAUUCACGGCUGAUGUGGGAAUCCAGACGGAUAACUCCGUCUCCGGAAUACAAGCCGACGCCGGCUUGUCCUACGAGGAUGUUGAACCCUUGCGCAGUGAAGAAGACGAGGUCCGGGCACUGUCGGCACCGCAGCUAGCUGCUGUCCUGAGAUGGAGUAAAGAGAUAUCCCGCCACAUUCAACUCUUCAGCGCCCUCCAGCGUUUAACUGAGAUUGCCGUCGAAGCCUCGGGUGCACAGAGUGCCUCUAUAGUCAUCAUUGGUGGUGGUGGCGAGUACGCGGUGGCGACGUCUAUGGAACCUCCGGCACAUUGUCAAAUCUUCGAGAACAUGCCGUCAAUACGCACGAUCGAAGACCCUCUGCAACGCGCUGUGUUGGAGCAUUGUCUGAGUGUCAAAGAGCGAGUUGCAACCAAUGAUGCCGGCGCAGAUUCUCGCUUCUCGCUUGCCGCCAAAGGGAGCACGCAUCGGUCUGUGGUAGCGCUCCCCAUCUACGGCAAUCGCGGACAGACAUUCGGAGCUAUCGCUCUCGCUUCGAAAUAUUCGUUCGCUCAAGCUCAGGUCGCGCUCCUGACACUGCUAUGCCAACAAGCCAACGUCUCGAUUAGUAAUGCUCUCUUGUUCCGCUCGGUUCAAUCUGGAACUAGGGAGAACCUGAAGAUGAUCAGCUCCCAACGCGAGGCCUUAGAGGCCGCAAGACAGUCGCGGGCGGCGGCGGAACAGGCGACAAAGAUCAAGUCGAACUUCUUGGCAUCUAUGAGCCACGAACUACGAACGCCGUUUAGCUCCUUCUACGGGUUGCUGGACCUCCUGUCAUCAACGGAGUUGCAACCUGGGCAACGCGAGAUCGUCCAAACAGCGCAAGAGUCCUGCUCUCAUCUCUUGAAGGUCAUCAACUCCAUUCUCGACUACAGCAAGCUUGAAGCCGGUGGCGUCAGGCAGCUUGAGUAUACGGGGUUUGCUGUUGAAGCGGUCGUUGCGGAUUGCAUAGAGCUCCUAGCGCCCACUGCUGCGAAGAAUGGUCUCGAUCUCAGUUACAACAUCGACCCAUCCGUUCCCGCCUGGGUACUCGCCGACUAUGAGCGUGUCCGGCAGAUUAUCAUGAAUCUUGUUGGUAAUGCGGUAAAGUUCACUGCGAGCGGCUCUGUGAAGGUGUACUGCUCUGUCGAUAAGGACGCUCUGAAGACUGUCAGCGAUACUUCAGACAAGUCGGUCUACUUGAAGUUCACCGUGAAGGACACUGGCAUAGGGUUAUCCCAGGCCGAUGUAGGAGUUCUGUUCCAGCCGUUCUCGCAGGCCGACAACUCCACAACCAGGAAGUACGGGGGCACUGGGCUUGGCCUGUCGAUCUGUCGCGAACUGGUCAAAUUGAUGAACGGCGUCAUCGGAGUACGCUCAGAGCUGGGAAAAGGUUCCGACUUCUGGUUCACGAUACCUGUCCGCGAGUAUGUUUCCGAGGACUCCAGAAGUGCAGCAAAGAAGGUGGAGGACAUCCGUACCCUAUUGUUACGCGACCGCCCACCCACUGUCGUCGUCUGUUCUCCAUCUGACGCGACUCAUGCGCUGCUCACGAACAUGUUGCGCGGCUUCCGUGUCACCUGCUUGGCCCUUACAGAAAGCCUCGCGCAAUUGGUCUCACGAGGAUCGUUACCAAUGACAGUCAUCGACUUCAUCAUCUACGACUAUCAGGACGUGUCGCUUCUCGUUGAUGCCUUGCGUACUCCCCCACUGCGCGGCGCGAAGGUCAUUCAUCUGUGCACACCCGUAUCGGACAAAUCGACGGGCCGGCCUCUUGUUCGCAACGACAUCGAGAAUCUUGUCCGGCUGCCGAAACCGGCCCGCACGACGAAGCUUUUCGAGACAAUGGCCGGUCUUGUCAAAAUAUCGCCCGAUAGCUACGGGGCUCCCGCCGCCGGUUCAAGUACACGCGCUCGUGAUGAACCUGCACCUGAGCGAACACUAUACGGGAACGUAUUGAUUGCAGAGGAUAAUCCGAUAGCCCAAGGACUACUCAUCAAGCAACUGACAGGUCUGGGGCUGGUAGUGGUGCCAACAUCGAAUGGGGAAGAAGCGAUUGCGCAAUGGUCCGCGCACGAACCGGGCUAUUUUGCGUUGGCAUUGUUCGAUCAUCAUAUGCCGGUGUGCGAUGGAGUGGAGGCCGCGAAACGCUUGAGAGUGCUUGAAAGCAGACGAAAGAUACCAAAGGAGCUCCUGCUACCCAUCGUUGCUCUAUCUGCCGAUGCGCAAGACAGCACAAAACGCCUGUGUCUGAGUGCUGGCAUGAACGACUUCCUCAGCAAGCCCCUCAGGCGACCUGAUCUCAACGCCCUACUCUCCUCUUAUGGCUCAGGCCCGAUACCAGUGCCAGGAAUAUCUGUGACGGAAGUUACGUAG